AUGGAAUCCAGACAAGAAGAGGAGGAUCCAUCAUUCAAGCUGCCGGUAGCCGCUGUGGGCCGGGCCUGUGGCCUCCUGGAUCAGGCCCUCGGAUAUGCAGCUCACCUGAAGCCCUUGGCCGAACACCGCUUUUUCACUAGGGGCUGGGGUGACCUUCAGGAAGUUCAGGAUGGGCGAGCCAUCAUGGACAGCUUCCUUCUUGAAUAUGCCCAAGGCCUUGCACCCCCAACGAUGUCUCUGGGUGCUGAACAUGCCGUCUUUGGCGGCUCGGGUUUUUGCUGCCGUGGACACUUUCCCAGCCCAUUGGCUUCGAUCCUACCCGAGGAGAGCAAGCUGUGUGAGUUGGAGCUCUUAGUCCCAAAAGAUCGACAGCCCUGGGCAUGCGUGGUGCAGUUCCCGGGAACUGCAGACCAGUCCUACUUCUUCAGGAAGAUGAUGCUGGCGGCACCACUGCUACGCGAAGGUGUGGCUUCUGUUUUGAUCACCCCACCUUUCUACGGCUCCCGCCGUCCGAAGCAGCAGAUACUUCACUACAUAGACAAGGUAACAGAUUUCUGCCAUCAGAGUGAGAGCCUCCUCUUGGAGGCAUUGCAAGUCCUUGACUGGCUGAGAAUGAAGUUUCCCCAUGCUCAUUUGGGCUGCACAGGCAUCUCGUGGGGUGGGGCCAUGGCCUCGUGCAUGGGCUUCCUGGCCCGGCGACAUGAUCUGGCUGUGAUACCCUGCCUUCCCUCGGCCACUCCUGAGGUGUUGAUCACAGGAGCGCUUCGCGGGGAGGUAGCUCUGGAACGCCUGGCUGUGAGCGGGCUGACCCUCAAGGAGGCCGAGGGCCUACUCCGCGGCGUCCUUGGCGCCAUGUCCACGGCAGAGCUGAAUGAAAUGGACAUCCCUGGCCCGCAGGGUCGCAAGGUUGUUCUGCAGGUUAGUGCUUUCUACGACACGUUUGUUGACAAGCUCGCCAGCCGCGUGGCGUUUCGCACCCUCCGCCACCUGGACUCCAAGGCUCAGCUGCGAUGGGUUGCCGGCGGCCACGCAUCUUCCCACGUGGUGGCGCGAUGCCUCUUCACCGGGUCCAUCCUGACUGGUCUGAGACGUCUGGCGGCGUUGCACAAUGAGCCUACAUGGAUCCCAUCCAAAAUGUAG